AUGGACUCCACUGCCGCGCUCGCGCUCCUCUACCUCGCCGCCCUGCGCCGCCGCGGCAACAACAGCAACACCCUUCCGCCGGGGCCGAGGGGCCUGCCGCUCGUGGGCAGCCUGCCGUCGCUGGACCCGCAGCUGCACGCCUACUUCGCGCGCCUCGCCGCCCGGUACGGCCCCAUCUUCUCCAUCCGCCUCGGCUCCAAGCUCGGCGUCGUCGUCACCUCCCCCGCCCUCGCCCGGGAGGUGCUCCGCGACCAGGACCUGCUCUUCUCCGGCCGCGACGUCCCCGACGCCGCGCGCUCCAUCUCCUACGGCGGCGGCCAGAACAUCGUCUGGAACCCCGUCGGCCCCACCUGGCGCCUCCUCCGCCGGGUCUGCGUCCGGGAGAUGCUCAGCCCCGCGGGGCUCGACGCCGUGCGCGCGCUCCGGGACCGCGAGUUCCGGGCCACGCUCCGCCACCUCCACGCGCAGGCCGCCGCCGCCGCCCCCGUCGACGUCGGCGCGCAGAUGUUCCUCGCCACCAUGAACGUCAUCACCGCCACGCUCUGGGGGGGCACCAUCGGCAGCGACGCCGAGCGCGCCAAGGUCGGCAAGGAGUUCCGCCACCUCGUCGCCGAGAUCACCGACAUGCUCGGCGCGCCCAACGUCUCCGACUUCUUCCCGGCGCUCGCGCGCUUCGACCUGCAGGGCAUCCGCAGAAAGUCCGACGUACUCAAGGAGCGCUUCAACCAGAUGUUCGCCAGGAUCAUCGACCAGAGGGUCAGGGCCGACCAGGCCGACGGCGAGCCCCCGGCGGCGCCGGACUUCCUGGAGUACAUGCUCAAGCUCGAGAAGGAAGGCGGCGACGGCAAGGCCGCCUUCACCAUGACCAACGUCAAGGCCCUGCUCAUGGACAUGGUGGUCGGCGGCACGGAGACCACGUCCAACACCGUGGAGUGGGCCAUGGCGGAGCUCAUGCGGGCGCCGCGGCUGCUGGCCAAGGUGCGGGAGGAGCUGGACGGGGUGGUGGGCCGGGAUGCCGUCGUGGAGGAGGCGCACCUCCCGCAGCUGCCCUACCUGCACGCCGUGCUCAAGGAGACGCUGCGGCUGCACCCGGCGCUGCCGCUCAUGGUGCCGCACUGCCCCGACGCCGACGCCACCGUCGCCGACUACCGCGUCCCGGCGGGCAGCCGCGUGUUCGUCAACGUGUGGGCCAUCAUGAGGGACCCCGCGGUGUGGGAGGACCCGGCGGAGUUCGUCCCGGAGCGGAUCUGCGCGGGGAUCGCCAUGGCCGACCGCAUGACGGCCUACUCGCUGGCCAUGCUGCUGCAGGCGUUCGACUGGGAGCUGCCGGCGGGAGCGCGGCUGGACAUGGAGGAAAGGUUCGCGAUCGUGAUGAAGAAGGCCACGCCGCUGGUGGCCGUGCCGACCCCGAGGCUGUCCAGGCCGGAGCUCUACUCCGCCUAG